AUGUCUUCCUCUAAUAAACUCAAUGGCACGGAUCGUCUCUCCAAACUGUUUGGAAAUAUCAUUGUGUCUGAUAGCAGUGAUAUACAGAGCAUGAAUUCUAUCUUCGGUGCCAUUAGGCGGGACCGUGAAGGCGCAACAGCAGCAGCUAACCCAUCGGCCCCUGGUACAGCACCCAUAGCCGAAGAAAGGAGGAAAGCUCUUGGAAGAAAGCAUGGUGGGAAUGUUGCGAUUGGUAGGGACAGUGGAAAGAUCUCGGCGCAAACAAAAGGCAAUAGAGAGCCUGCUACCAGAACCACGAAGAACAACAAGCUCAAGCCUUUUAAGGAUAGCGAUGCAGGAAAGAAUGAGACUGCUGGACCAGCACCAAGAGAAGUACUCCGGGAGAAGGUGAUCGCCCAAGAAUACUUCUCACCCCACAUCUUCGAGAUAAGACCUGUGAUAGGAGAAAAGCAGGUCGGUAUGUUUGCCACUUCAGACAUCGAAAAAGACACCGAGAUCCUCCGCGAAGCACCUGUCAUUCGCGGAGGCCCCACCUGGCCCGGACGCGAGGCAGCAUACAACAUGCUUUCCUCCUCUAAAAAGACAGCUGUUGAUUCUCUUUCCAGCAUGUGCAAUUGCGGGAAGAAACCCGAACUUUGUCUCGAGACUCCUCUCAUGAAACGAUGGGCUGUCAAUUCAUUUGAGAUGAAUCCUUUUCUCCAAGCUGGUGAUACAGCGAACAAUAAUCAUGUCUAUGACAAAGCAUGUCGAAUCAACCAUGCUUGCAUACCUAAUUGUUCUCGCGCUUUCAAUUCGGAACAUAGUAUUUCGAUCCGAGCUAUGGAGGAUAUCAAGAAAGGAGUGGAAAUCACCAUUAACUAUGGAGUCUAUGGUCCAGCCUCGUUUCGAGAAUCAAAUAUCGCUGAAAGAUGGAAAUUUACUUGUACAUGCAACGCAUGUGUCAAGAAGGGAUUCGUGCCAGAAACAGGGUACGAAGAAUACCAACACAACAAGAGACUUCUAUGUUUCCAGUUUCCUCACCUAGUUCCACUUGGCGCCGAGACAGCCGAAGAAGCGGCGACGUCCAAAGAGAUCAUCGAAUGGGCUGACGUGAUCGAAAAUGAUAUCCUCGAGGCCGAAGCAUAUUGGUAUGCGCAUACCGAUGAAUUAGUCCGCAAAGGGAUUACUCGACUUCGAUUCACCCUAGAGUGGACAGAUCUCAAUCAGUCACCGACGCGAAAUUUCUUGGUCAAUGGACAUGAAAGAUUUUUGAGAGAGGAUAACAGGUACACUCUCUCUGAUAAAGUCAUCAAACUGUACAUUUGGCGUGCUACCAAGGCUUUGCGGGCAGAGGUUGAUCGCUGCCAUCCCGUGUUCAUGAGAAAACAUUCAUAA